UUGAGGGUACCUGCGUUGUAAAUGUCCUAUAAUUAAUCACAUUACAGUAUGUUCUUGUAUGCCAUGCCUCUUGUUACCAGCCUAUUAUUGUGGAAACAGACAGAAGGAACAGAACAUCAAAAGAGAUCGGGAGAUGACAAAUUGGAAUGGAUUCGAAUACAUCGAGACGAACAUAAAAUGACAAUCAUGACAGAUAGGUUGCGUAUCGCUUCUCAAUUAAUGAUUCUCCACUAGAACUGAACAGAAGGCAGAUAUUCGGACGUAUGAAAAACUGGUAACCAGUCUCAUCAUGGGCUGCGGAGGAUCAAAGAGCACCGCAGUCGUUGAAAGCAACGUCGACGUCCGACGUCAUAAUGGCAUCAAACGAAGUAAUGACGUCAUCAAUGAGAGAGCAACAGUAGACGAAAGCAGAGGUUACACUGAACAAAAUAGCGGAAACGUUACAGAAGGACAAUCGGUAAAAGUAAAUGAGGAGAUAGCUCACCCUUUAAAACAUAAAAAUGUAAUAAAUGGACAUACGACCGGUAUCGAUGACGGCGUUGUUAUUAAUCAGCAGCGUGACGAACCAGAUUCGAUCGAGAGGAAGAGUAAACAAAAUGUUAGACAGAGCGCUCCUUACAAAAUCCCGACUGACCCCAAAACCGUAUCGCCUUUUGAUCCAUCGGUGAAUGUCGCAAAAUACCGAGAGGAGCCGAUACCAGUGUUCGGCCGAGCCGCGUUUCCAUUGAGCAAAGACACUCCUGAUUUAAAGAUUGAGGACACGUUCUGGCCAGGCAAACGAGCCCUGAUACCCGACUACAACCAAAUGAAGAAACUGGAUAAACAUGCAAUAGAGACGCCCCCGGGACUUCGGAAAGACAUGGAUCAACUUGUUGCCCAUCUGACUACGGUUGCCAACUCAGAGCUAGAAAAACUACGGGUCAUAUUUCGCUGGGUGGCGCAUAACACGGAGUACAACGUUGAAGGGUUCCGGACAGGAAUGUACGGGGAUAACUCGGCUGAAGCUGUCCUACGGACCGGACUCGCAGUCUGUGGCGGAUACAGCAAUCUUAUGGUGGCUAUGUGCGCGAAAGCAGGCGUAGAGUGCGUGAAGAUCACUGGAUACGCUAAAGGAAGCGGAUAUUGGCCAGGCAAGGAGAAUCUGUCCAAGAUGACCCAUGCUUGGAACAGGGUCACCCUGAAUGGCAGCACAUUUUUAUGCGACUGUACAUGGGCUGCGGGCAGUGUUGAUACUGCUUUCACAAGGCAUUGGAAGGAGGGCCAAUUCUUAGCGGAGCCAAAGAGCUUUGCAAACCACCAUUUCCCGAAAGGCGUAGACAUCCAGAAGAUAUUUUCCACUCAAUCCCUUGAAGACUGGAACAACACUCCUGUAUUAGGAGCCCUAGCGCAGUUCUCCGGACUCGAAUGUGUGAGCCACAAAGAAGGUAUCAUCAAGGCACCAAGUAACAGUUGCCUGAUCAAGCUCAAACUGGAGAGGGCGCUCUAUAACACAUUCUGCAUCGUUAAGAAUGAGGAUGGUACGAAACUGAAAGGAGUGGCGCUGCAGUGGUGGAAUAAGAACGAACUGUCCUGCAGCAUCCGUCUUCCAAAAGCUGGUAGGUACAGUUUCGUCCUCAUCGGGAAAAUUUCAUGGCAGCGCAACGACAAUGGCAACACUGAGGUCCUGUAUCCAGAACAACCCUCAGAUGCCAUCCGUAAUACGAUAGUAAGCUAUGUAAUCAAAGCAACAGGUGGUGAGAAACUCGAUCCUAUGUCCACUGAAGAGAUAAACUUGUAUGGUGCACCUUUGAAUUUGCCGGACUAUGGCUUGACCCCAGCUGAUAAGAACGAAGCAACCGUUCAGGCAGUUGCAGGAAGUGCUCAUGUGGUCUUCAAGAAGCUUCAUGAAGGCCCUUCUUCUGUCCGUGUAGACGUUUGCAAAGUCGGUGAUCAGAACAAGAAGAUGGAAUCGUCCGUUUACUGCGAACAUUUUGACGACUGGGUGGUUUGCCACGUCCGGUGUCCUUCUGCCGGGAAAUACACUCUUACCAUGUAUGUAAAGUCUGACCAUGAGGACUACUCUUGUAGGCUGACCUAUAUUAUUGUUUGCACAGGAAAAUUCGACCCGAUACGCCUCCCAGAUAUGAGCCGCGUUUCCGGUCCAAAUGCUAAAUUUGCAGGACUCGGUCUCCGCCUCAGGGACACCCUCACAUCGACAAUAGUUACAGUAGAAGGAGAAGGGCAAUUAGUCAUCACCUGUGAUACAACCAAGGAAAUGAAGAUUAUUGCUGGCUUGAAGGAUAUUUCCGAAUCACCAAAUAAUGAUGGAGACUACGUUGUAGAGACCAACAAAACGGAAACAGAACAGGUUACAACCGUUAGCCUUAGACUCAAGACGAAAGGGUUCUUCAAACUGACACUCUUUGCUAAGCCGAAGACCGAAUCAGUGCCGACGCCGAAAAAACGAGUUUGUAGGUCAAUGGCUAGUAUGUUGUCGCAAACCUAGCAAGAAGGAGCCCUUUCCAAAAGGUGCCACCG